AAUCAAACCGGAAGUGUGAGGGUCGUGUAGUCGUGACUGGGCAAAUAUCUGGCUGAUUUCUCCUGAUCAUUCGUUCCGCUUCGCUGACCAGGUGCAUUUUCGGUCAGACCAUCAGACUAGUCUGGACGAAUUGUACAGGUGCAAAAGCCGGUUAAUCCACACCUAGCAGCAGCACCUUUCAGUGUGAGUGAACCAACGUUACUUUCCAGCACAGAGAAAAGUUGUGAACACCCAGCAAUCGACCGCAACAACGUUGUCAAAACACUCACAUCACUCGCUCGCAGCUCAUCAACACAUCAUCAUGGCAGAGGCAGACAUUGCACUGAUCGGCCUGGCCGUCAUGGGACAGAAUCUGAUCCUGAACAUGAAUGACCAUGGAUUUGUGGUCUGCGCCUUCAACCGCACCGUCUCGAAAGUGGAUGACUUCUUGGCCAAUGAGGCUAAAGGAACUAAGAUCAUCGGUGGCAAGUCCUUGGAGGAUAUGGUGUCCAAACUGAAGAAGCCUCGCCGUGUUAUGAUGCUCGUCAAAGCCGGGUCUGCUGUGGAUGCCUUCAUCGACAAACUGGUUCCUCUUUUGGAGAAAGGUGAUAUCAUCAUUGAUGGUGGUAACUCUGAGUAUUUGGACACGACACGUCGCUGCAAAGCCCUCCAAGAGAAGGGGAUUCUAUUUGUUGGUAGCGGUGUGAGUGGUGGAGAGGAUGGAGCUCGCUACGGACCGUCCCUCAUGCCCGGAGGAGCCAAGGAGGCCUGGCCACAUGUCAAGGAUAUUUUCCAGGGCAUUGCCGCUAAAGUUGGCAAUGAGCCAUGCUGUGAUUGGGUCGGCGAUGAGGGAGCAGGUCACUAUGUGAAGAUGGUACACAACGGUAUCGAAUACGGAGACAUGCAGCUGAUCUGUGAGGCGUACCACUUGAUGAAAGACCUCCUUGGAAUGUCCUGUGAUGAAAUGGCCGAGGUGAUGGCUGAGUGGAACAAGACAGAGCUGGACUCCUUCCUGAUUGAAAUCUCAGCAGACAUCCUCAAGUUUAAGGACACAGACGGUUCACCUUUGGUGGAGAAAAUCCGUGAUACAGCUGGACAGAAAGGAACAGGAAAAUGGACUGCCAUCUCUGCCUUGGAUGCUGGUAUGCCAGUCACACUCAUCGGAGAGGCAGUGUUUGCCCGUUGUCUGUCUUCCAUUAAAGAUCUACGCAUUGAGGCUAGCAAGGUCCUCCCCGGCCCAGGCCCAGCAAAGUUUGAAGGAGAUAAGAAAGAAAUGGUUGAGCACAUUCGCAAGGCUCUGUAUGCUUCCAAGAUCGUUUCCUACACCCAGGGUUUCAUGCUCCUCCGUGAAGCAGCGAAACAAUUCAACUGGACCCUGAACUACGGUGGUAUUGCGUUGAUGUGGCGCGGUGGCUGUAUCAUUCGCAGCCGUUUCCUUGGUAACAUCAAAGAAGCCUUCGACAAGAACAGUGAACUUUCCAACCUUCUCCUUGACGACUUCUUCAAGGGAGAAAUCCUGAAGUGCCAGGACUCUUGGCGCAAGGUGGUUUCCCAAGCUGCCCUAACCGGUAUUGCUACUCCAGCAUUCAGCUCUGCCCUGGCCUUCUUUGAUGGUUUCCGCUCUGAACGCACUCCAGCCAAUCUCAUUCAGGCCCAGCGUGAUUACUUUGGUGCCCACACAUACGAGCUCCUGGCUUCCCCAGGCAAGUUUGUCCACACCAACUGGACCGGUCACGGAGGGAAUGUUUCUUCCAGUACAUACAACGCUUAGACCCCGUAAAUAAACAAGGGGAUGUAUACUGUGUAUCCAUGGGAAGUGGAUGGUUACAUUUUGUUAUUGUUGUUGUUGUUAUUUUUGUUUUGUUUUUUCUUGUGUAGACCAAAAGUUGGAAAGUUUUCUCCUAAAUAAUUACUAUUAGUUCUUAGGGAGAGUCUCAAAAGUUAAAUAUGUUUCUGUUGGUAUACGCCCGCAAUCCAUUGGAUGGCCAGACUGAUUGCUACUCGGCAUCAUUGUGCCAAAGUACAGGAGCAAUCCGACAGCAGCGAUAUGCGUGUUAGUAUUUUCAGUGUUCCACUGGAGCGUUUUAGUGGGCUAACGAAACAGUCCAUGAACACAUGCUGGAAUUCAAUUAGAAUCUACCGUCCUGAGUUCUGAAACGCACCCGUUAUUAUAUAACUUUGGAUUGUCAUGUUCCCUGCCUCGAUGGCAGUCACUCAAAUAUCAUUUCUGUAAAGGGAACACGCUAAUAUGGACACUUAAUCUCAUGGGCCCAAUUUCAUAGGGCUGCUUUAAACAGCAAACAGGAUACCAGUCACAGAUGGUACUUGAGUAAUGGUUUUUUGUUGGUAACCUUAUAUUCUGGUAAGCAUACGUUUCUUGUGCUAAGCUACCUUUUAUGCUUAUGUAUCUCAUUGAAAUUGAGCCCUUUUUCACCAAUUUGUGUGUCACUUCAAAAGUCAAUUAUUUAAAAACAAAUUUUGUGAGUAAAUUUUAUUGUUAUAGUAUAGAUUUGGUUACGGUGCUAAGUUUGGGUCAUAUCUAAUGCAGCUGGAGUAGUCUUAAACGCACAUGUUGAAUUGUUUUCAUGUUGGAAACAAAAUUAUUUUGUUGACAAGAAAUCCUUCCGUUAAAAUGCUCUUCCAAAAAAAAUACAAAAUUUCUUCUGUCUGCACUCUAAUGAAACUAAACUUUGAGAAUAAGGACCAUAAUAGACUGACCUAGUUUACCACCAUGUAAAAACCACCAUAAUAGAAUGACUGAUCGACCAAUCGCUCUGGACUAAAGUUCUGGUGUUUUGGAUCAGCAGAGUGUGGGUUUGAGUCCCACCUGACACUUGUGUCCUAUAAGCAACUCACUGAACCAUUAUUGCUUCGUCUUUCUGAUGGGGCGUAAAGUCGGGUCACGGGUAAUGCACAUAAUAUAACUCGGCUUCAUUCAUCACUAGUAAGGAAGAAGUAAACCCUUGAACGGUGCUACAGAAAAGGGAAUCAUAAACCAAAAACUUCUUAAAUUUGUAAACGUAUUUCAAGCGCUUUGAGUACCUUCUUGGUAAUGAUACGUCCACUAUAAGACUACUGUAUUAUUAUGAACAUGGAUUAAGACUAAACUAUUAACAGUGAGUAAGUUUUGAGAAUUGAACAAAGACCCAGCAGCGCAGAAGUUUAAAGAUGAAUGUUUUUGCUUAUCAGAUUUUGUGUUUUGUUUUAAAAACAAAUUUAUCAUUCCUAUUUUUGUUAGUCAAAGUACAUUUGAAAGCAACUAUUUUUGUACAUCAUAGUUAGUAAGUUGGUUGAUCGCCUUUAAAAGUACUUGUUGAACAUUAUUAUUAAUCAAAUAAAUAGUAUAUGUUAAGCUUUAUACUGAUAGAAAAAAGUUACAUAUAUAAAAGUUUUUUUCAGAUUAUGUGUUAUAGAUUCUUAAACUUUAAGUUUAAAUUGGCUUUUAAGUAGUUUCAGGGCGCCCAUAUUUUAAAAAUACUAAAAAGUGUCGUGGGAAAAAAUCUACGGGUGAAAUUCCUCAUUUGCAUGAUGGAGGGCGCCCUCUGUCUGUAUGAAACUGAUAUUUUUAGGGGAAUUAUGGUAAUGAUAUCUUUGGAAGUUUUUGACACUCGAAAAAAUUAUUAAAGCUUGCUCAGAAACUCCUUGUUUCACACUGGACAACCAAAAAUGUGAAAAGCAAUAAGCCACUUCGGAGCGGGUAUUGUCAAACGGUUACGGGAGAUAGACAAAGUCCGUUGUCAGCAGUAACAGACAUGCGCCACUGACAUUCCGAAGUCGCUUAUUCACUUUAUCAGAUGAUGCAAUCGUAAUAAAGUUAUUUCAGUUUCAACAAAGUUGUAUUUCGAGCAAUAUUAUUGUACUUUUGGAUUAAUUGUCUUGAUCGAGGUGGAAAUAAAGUUUAUUAGCUUUUGUAA